CCUGUAUAUAAGGGAGAGGGAAGUAGAAAUGAAAAUCCUUAACAUACCGAGGCUAGAAGGAGAGGCGUAUAUACAUUACAAAUCAAUGCUAAUAUCACUUGCAUUGCAUUUGAUAUUGUUGAUGUUCGAGUUACUUGUUUGUGACAACCUAGAAUCAAAAAGACACUUAUGGAUUUUAGUGUUCAUCCCAUUAAUUUUUAUAUCUAUUGUUAGUAUUGCUAUAUGCAUAUGGGCUGUGAAGCAUGACAGGUCAUUUGAGCUGGAAUUGUUUUGCGCCGUUAACGUCCUCCAAUUUAUAUUCCUCGCAUUAAGACUAGAUGAGUUCAUAAUGUGGUCCUGGGAAGUUGUGUUCGUGCCAUUGUGGAUUGUUAUGUGCUUAUCAUUAGUAGGAGUAUUAUACACAAUCAUUUUCGCAGCUAUAUUGUUAAGAACGCCAGAAGUUAACGCUCAACAGAGAAGGAGCAGUAUCAAUUCGGCUCUUGGUUAUGGUUUUUGGUUAUACCCAUACUUGUGUUUCAGGUAUUGUUAGCAGACAAACUAGAUGAUGAUAUCAGAAUAUCAUACAUAGCAGUUGUUAGUCCAUUGUUCGUAUCUUUUACAACCUUAAUUUUAAUGUCUUUUAGUGCCAAAGGAGGAAAUAAAUGGUGGUUCGCGAUGAGAAAAGACUUCUGUAGCUUUGUGCUAGGCGCAUGUCCGAUCCUCCAAGAGUACGCCAACAUAGGGUACCACAGCGAAAGGCGUACGAACAGAGUGGAAAUGGAACAAGUGCAAAAGAACGAAAAGAUAUUUAAACGAGCAGAUCUAUUAAAGCCCGUCCAGCCAAUCGUUUCAAUCGAAAUGCCAGACUGAUGAGAUCUGGUGAAAAUAAAAUAAAUUUCAAGGUACACUCGAAAUGGAUGAGCGUGAGCGCUACUUGGAGCCACGAUGAAGUAUUCGCUGCUAAACUGAAUGUGGAGCAUAAAAAAUGAUGAGUGUUCGAACAAAUAUUUACUGUAUACAGGGUGUAUCAUAAUUGUGUUGUUUGUCGUUUUGCAUACGAAGUAGAAAUGUUAUAGGUUUGUAAAUGGUGCUGAUCUCUCAAGUGUCUGUUAUUAUGUUAUAGAACAAAAUAAAACUUUAUUUAACGUUGACAGAACACUUUUAAUAAUUUUAGCAUGGUAUAUAUUGCAAUUGUUGAAAUAUUACUAAGAUCAUUUAGUUCACAACAUUUAUCACGUAUGUGCUCACCUACCCUGCGUUGUUUUAAACUGUGAUUAUAUAUUUUUUAAGUGGCUAGCUCAUUAUUAAAUCUGUUGACAUUUGGAUUCCAAUUUUAAACAAAAUUUGUCGAAUACUGAUGAAUUAAUAUCCAGCAAACAAAGUACAUGGAGAAAAAAAUACGAUCAUUAUCGACUUUUUAAUGUAUUGUCGAAAAUGUUAUCUAUCUAAUACUUUAUGCAUGUUAGACGUAUGUCACACGAUGAAUAUUUCCUGUGAUCCGGCAGUUUUUAUUAUGGAAUGUGAUAUUUAUGUAGCCAGGACGUCCGUAAUUAAUUAUUAAUGUGUAGGGCUACGUUGGUUAAAGAAAAUUCCAAAUUACAACAUAUAUAUAUAUAUAUACACCCGUUUUGAGUAGAAAAAAGCUGGUAUACUAAUAAUAAAAUUAAAAUUCAUUAUACACAGCGCUGCAAAUGCUGUAUAACAUAUCAUGGUUAUUUGUAUUGGUAACAUUUAUUCUUAGUGUAAUUAUGUAUUUAUAGUUUUUCUAUACACAAGGGGUUGCUUUUGUGGAUUGAAAUUUAUCCAGCAUGGUGUAUAUUAAUGUGAAUAAAUUAUCAUUCAUUUACUGAUGGAAUGAUCAGUAAAUACUGAUAUCAUAGUAAAUACUGAUUGUGUGACAUUCUCCUAACAGUUUUCAAUGUUCUGCUGCUUGUCAGAAAAACUUUGUUGAUUUCAUUGCUAGUUGUGACACACCUUGUAUACUUAAUCUAAAGUAGGUUGUUUACGACAGUUGUAUACAAAAUUUUAAUAAAACAGUAUUUUUCCUGUACCUUAUCAACUGUAUUUUUAUUUUUAUGCUUCAUAUUCUUUAUUUUGAAACAAUGUGAUAUUUUUGACGGUCAUCCGAUUAUUUUAAGCUGUCCUUGUGUGAUUAUAUUGUGUAAGUGUAUGGUUUUAAAAUGUAUAUUCUGCAUCUUGUGCCAAUUUAGUUAAGUGGUAUUAAUUACAUUUUUAAAGUUCUCGUAUUUUAUGUUAUGCAUCCAACUUCCCAGUCGUUACUGUCAGAUGUUCUAAUAAAGAUUUGUAC